GUCGGACUGUGACACCAUCAGAUUUAUGGACUUUUUUUACUCCAGGAGUCUGAUAUUUGUAGCAUCACAUGUCUAUGACAGAGAGCGGUAACACGGACCUUUUACAUUCACUUCAGCGGUUAAAAUGAGUCCGGUUUUGUUCGUUUUGCUUGUCUGUCUGCGGACCGCGGAGCUCCGUCACGUCCACAGAGCCCACACCGCCCUGGAGGUUCAGUCCGGGUCCCGGUUGGAGACUCAGCGGGAGGAGGAUGCUGGACCGCCGGCUGCGGGAACACAGGAGUCUCCCUCCCCGGGCUGGACUACUCUACACCGGGUUGAAAGUUCGCGGGUUCCCGACCUGAAGCGAAGCGCGCGAGGAGCCAAAGAUGGGAAUUUUAGGAAAAAAGACCCGCACUCACCGAGCAGUUACGGCCCCCCGCGACGGUACGACGACCCGAGCGGUUACUUCACCACACCGCGGUUACCCGAGUCCGCCCGGCCGGGUAACUCCUCGAAAGAGUCCGGGUUGGGGCUCCUCAACCCGCUGUUCCCGGUCACCGACGGCUCCUACUGGGCGUACGCAGUUAUGCUGCUCGCGCUCGUGCUGUUCGCGGCGGGCAUCGUAGGGAACCUCGCGCUCAUGUGCAUCGUGUGGCACAGCUUUUACCUGAAGAGCGCGUGGAACUGCAUCCUGGCGGGGCUGGCGUUCUGGGAUUUCCUCGUGCUGUUCUUCUGCCUUCCCGUGGUGGUCUUCCACGAGCUCACCUUGAAGAGGUUGCUAGGAGACCUGUCCUGUCGGCUCGUGCCCUAUCUGGAGGUGACCUCUCUUGGUGUGGCAACAUUCAGCCUCUGUGCUUUGAGUAUUGAUCGCUUCCAUGCAGCCACUGGCCCCGGGCCCCUUCAGACCCCAAAGGUCGAGCCCUGUCAGUCCAUCCUGUCCAAGCUGUCCGUCAUCUGGGUGGGCUCGAUGGUGCUGGCCGCCCCUGAGCUGCUGCUGUGGCAGCUCCUUCAGGAGACCGUCAGCCUGCCGAUGCUCCCCACUGACCAGCAGCAGAGUCAGCCUGGGGCCUCACUGAUGGCUGCCUUCAGGGCCCGAACAGACGCGUUUAAGGUGGACAUCUGCGUCCGUGAGCCGUCUGUGGAGCUCCCAGAGAGCAUCUACUCUCUGGUGCUGACCUACCACGAGGCCCGCAUGUGGUGGGUCUUUGGGUGCUACCUCUGUUUGCCACUGCUCUUCACUCUGGCCUGCGAUUUGGUGACGAGGCAGGUGUUAGGCCAGCGUCUCCCACAGAAACCUGCCAGUGACAAGUUGACCAGCAGAUGCUCCUCCUCCUCCUCAUCUUCCUCCUCGACAAAGAAAAAGCAGCACACGAGAGAGCAGAGGCUGCGCUCCACUGUGAUGGCACUCACAGUCUUGUACGUCAUAUGCAACCUGCCAGAGAGCAUUUGCAACAUCACCCUGGCGUAUGUCUCCGUACACGUGUCCGCUGCACUCCCGGCUCUGGCUCUGCCAGCGCUGAGCCUGAUCGGACAGUUCCUGCUGUUUGUGCGUUGCUCGGCGACGCCAGUGUUGCUGCUGUGCCUGUGUCGCUCGCUGGGCCAGGCCUUCAUGGACUGCUGCUGCUGCUGCUGUGAAGAGUGCCUCCCCGACGGCAACUCCUCUUCCUCCUCAUCUGCCUCAACCACCGCCACCUCCAACCUCUCCUCACCCACAUCUCCCUCUCCGACCUCCCUGUCUCCUUCCAGCAAAGAUGAGACGAUGAAGAGUCUGUUAGCGACAGAACCAGCAGUCUGCUACGACAGGGCGAAAGAGUCCUUAGCAGCCAUCGGGACGCCCUGCUGAGGUCCAGAACUGCAUUGAACUACAUGAAACUUAAAAGGAUCAUGUAGGUUUAUUACAACUUGGGUCUUAUUUUGGUAGUUUUGUUAAUUUCGUCCAUGUUUACCAAGUUAGUCGCAGAGGUCUGAUAAUUUCUCUAAAGUCGUCAAAGAAACGUGGCAAUAUAUUUGGUCAUAGCUCUAAUGACGCAUGCAGAGGACAUUUUGGUCUCGCGUAUUGACGUCAAUGGACAGAUGUCACAGCCUGUGAUUUUGUAGGUGAUGUCAUUGAACACUCUGCAUACAUCAAACUUGAUGUCAUACCCAAGUUUAGUAAGAUCAAUGUCGGAGAGUGUAACUGCGCUAAACUUGGAAGACCUCAGCCUCAUCGAACACUCUCACCAAAGUGUUGGACCUCAGUGAUGCUCUUGUGGUUGAACGGGAGCAAAUCUUUGCAGCAGGUUUGCUGAUGAAGGGACUGAAACCAGGAGAGUGGAGGCUGUUAUAGCCGCCGAUUAAUGCCCUCGUGAUUUUGGAAUCAAAUGCUCAAGUAACUGUAUAUCAAUUUGUUGGGUUAUUCAUGCACUUUUACUCAUGCAGUGUAUCUCAACCACUUUAUUUGGCGAUAAAACUAGCCUUAUUCAAGGUAAAACAGCAAGUACAGCAACGUCAAAGAUAAGUAAACUUUGAUGGAUGUUGACCAAAUUGAAGCUAAUGUGGAAGUGCCUUAAACCUGCAUUAUUUCUAAUGGCCAUUGGUUGCAAAAAGAAGUUUAAUUCAAGUCAAGUCUGACAAAAUGACCCUACGUCUCACUUGAUUUAUUAACCAAGUAAACAUUUUCCUAAUGAGUUCAAUUACUAGUUUCUCUUCAAUACAGCAUAGUGUUAAUUUAGUACAUUCUGGUGCCUUUUAGGGUAAAAAAGAUGAUAAAGCAGGGUAUGCUUUGGGGCGUGGCUACCUUGUGAUUGACAAGUCAUUGUAGCAACAUGGCAGUGUAGCAUUCACCCCUCGCUCCUUCACAGCACCAACCUCUCACCCAAAUAUGGUCACUUCUGGCUGCAAAAACACAAGAUGGUGAAGGCUGAAAUGCCACACUUGAGGCUUCAAAGCAGGAGUCCUUAAACCAAUGUGUGAUGCCACAGUGUCCGCUUCUUUUAUACAGUCUGUGAUGUUGAAAUUGUCGACUUUGUUUCCCAUUCCAGCUGAAGUUUUUUUAAACUACAGAUUUUUCUGAAUGUUUGAGUGCUCGAGCUUUCUUAACCUGUCAAACUUUGUUUUAGUGAAAUUACUGUUUUCUCAGACUAUUAACACAUCAUUACUGACAGAAACAAUGGACAAAACUACCAAAAUAAAACCCAAAUUGUAACAAAUUUGAAUAAUCCUUAAAUCUAAGUGUGUAUGAACUGAGGGUGUAGAGCCACUGUAGGAGCAAAGUUAGAGUUAGAUAAUCAUGUACAAUAUAGAGUAUGUUUUUUUGUUGUUUUUUAAGGAGUUUAGUGUUGUUUACAUGUGAUGGAUU